AUAGUGCGCACUUCAACAAAAACAUACGCAGGGAAAAAUCUACUUGUGAGAAAAAUCCUCUGUUCCUUUUUGAAAGCUCCAUAUAACCUUUAUCACAACAAGACAAGAUGGGUGAACGUUCCAAAAACCAGAAGAACCUACUGUAAAGGUAAAGAAUGUCGUAAACACACCCAACACAAGGUCACUCAAUACAAAGCUGGUAAAGCUUCAUUGUUUGCCCAAGGUAAGAGAAGAUAUGACAGAAAACAAAAGGGUUAUGGUGGUCAAACCAAGCCAGUUUUCCACAAAAAGGCAAAGACUACCAAGAAAGUUGUUUUGAGAUUGGAAUGUGUUGUCUGUAAGACCAAGGCUCAAUUGGCUUUGAAGAGAUGUAAACAUUUCGAAUUGGGUGGUGACAAGAAACAAAAGGGUCAAGCUUUACAAUUCUAA